AUGGCACUGCAACGCACCAACCAAGAACUAAGCAUGGGGAUCACAGAGCGGAGUAACUGUGAUUUGCGGAACGCUCAAGCUCAGGCAUCUCAACUGCAGUCUGAACGAGACUUACUGAAAGAGGACUUGGCAAGGGUUGAGGCGAGGAUGAAGGAGCUGCAGAUGGAAUAUUCCAAUGCUUUGGCGGCCGCUGAUAACGCGCGGGCCCAGCAUAAACAUUAUAAGGACACAGUAGCAAAAGAGCGCGCCCUUCGCCGGCAAACACUAAGUGGCGGUGAAGCUGAGGGCGCACGCCUCGCCACGGCGGAGGCGCAGGCGGCGCGAGAGGUGCGGGCGCGGAAGGACGCGGAGCAACGCCUGGCCGCCGCAGAGCUGCAAGUGCAACAGCUACGCGCCGCGCUUGACGAGCAGCGGGAUCUAGCGGCGCGUUCGCAGGACUCGGCGCGAGACAAGGAGCGUGUAGCGACGGCCACCAGCCAACAGCUGAGCGAGGCGCAGGUGCAGCUGGCACAGGAGCGCAUGCGCAUUGCAGCGCUCACCGCGCAAGUACAGGAACUGGAGCGCGGCAUUAGUGAGGCGGGCGCGCGCGAGGCGGCGCUGGAGGAGCAGUGCGCGCGCACCGAGGCGCGCCUGCAGCAGCGGCUCGAGGCCGCAGAGGCGCGCGCCUCGGCCGCGCUGCUCGACGACGCGCGCUAUCGGGAGAAGUGCAGUGGCGUAAGCUUUGAUCAGGAUAAUCCUGACGAAAUGGAGGUAGGCAUAUGCCUUCAUCUGGUCGCAAGCGCCUACAUUCGAGCGGAAGUUCGAGUUCCUCUCAAUCUGACUCAUCCGAUU